AUGGCAUCACUUCAUGUCCUGCUGCGUGACACUUAUAAACUUGAAGGCGAGGGUACAUAUGCCACAGUGUACAAGGGAAGAUCACGGACCACCAACGAAAUUGUGGCACUUAAGGAAAUCCACCUCGAUGCAGAGGAAGGCACUCCUUCCACUGCGAUUCGCGAGAUUUCCCUCAUGAAGGAACUCAAACAUGUCAACAUUGUCCGGCUUUACGAUGUCAUACACACCGAAACCAAACUUGUCCUCAUCUUCGAGUUCGCCGACCGUGAUUUAAAGAAAUACAUGGAUGUACAUGGCGAUCGUGGCUCACUCGAACCGAACACUGUCCGAAGUUUCAUGUAUCAGCUCCUCAAGGGCACUGCCUUUUGUCACGAGAACAGAGUACUCCAUCGGGAUCUUAAACCACAGAAUUUGCUCAUAAAUCGAAAAGGGGAGCUGAAGAUAGGCGAUUUUGGUUUGGCAAGAGCAUUCGGUGUACCCGUAAAUACUUUCUCAAACGAGGUUGUUACACUAUGGUAUCGUGCGCCCGAUGUUCUGAUGGGCUCUCGGACAUACAGCACCUCAAUUGACGUUUGGUCAUGCGGAUGCAUAUUUGCUGAGAUGAUAUCCGGUGUACCACUUUUCCGUGGCAGGGACAACCAAGAUCAACUGUUACACAUCAUGCGUAUUAUUGGUACGCCCGACGAGCGUAUCCUGCGUAAAAUUGCGACGGAAGGACAAACGGAAAGUGCUUCUCAGCUGAAACAGUAUCCACGAUACCCGAAGAUACCUUUCCAACAAGUAUUACCUAAGGCUUCCCCUCAGGCGAUUGAUUUACUCGAACGUCUCCUCCAAUUUGAUCCCUCUAAGCGCAUCACGGCCGCUGAAGCGCUCUCCCAUCCCUACUUCACUGGCUCGGUCCAAUAUGGCAUCCCAGCGCCCGUGCCCGGGUCUAUGGCACCACCGACAUACAACUUCCCUCACCCACACGCACAUCAGCAGCAGCAGAUUCAACAGCAACAACAACAGCAAGCUCAAGCUCAGGCGCAGGCGCAAGCUCAGGCUCAGGCUCAGGCCGCGUUCGUACAGGCGCAGACGUCCGGCAUGGUGCAUGGACAACCCGCUAUGUACCCGAACCAGCAGGAUCCAGGACGCAUGACUCAAGCCCAAGCAAUGGCUAUAGCACAAGCCCAGGCUCAGCCACAAGCCCAUCCUGCAAACUAUCCGAUGCAGUAUCCCCAGCAGUACGCUGCUGGAACACGCUGA